AUGUCAGCCUAUAGCAGUUUGCGCUCAAUUCAAGCUUACCGCAAACUUCCCGGUGAAGAGAGGGUUGACCACUGUUUGGCUUCUCAUGUAACUUACGGUGGUUUAUAUCUGCCGGGUUUGAUAGAGCUGACAAACUUUCAAGUAGUGUUUAUUGCUUUACAAAAUGAAGCUUCUUCUACUCGCACACCAAACCUGUUUCAGGGUUCAGAAAGGAAAAAAUAUCUUUUAAAGCUACCAUUAGGAACAAUUCGAAGCAUUGAUCAAAAAUCUAACCAAGGAAGCAUCUCAGUUCAUAUUGUCUGUAAAGAUAUCCGAGAACUGGUGUUCAACUUUUCGGACUGUGGACGAACUGUUGCGUUUUGUGAAAACCUUAAAGCAAACGCAUUCCCUGCUAUUUCCAAAAAAGUUCUGUUCGCGUAUUUAUAUGGAGCAAAGUGCAUCUCCAACAAUAUUUUUAAAAAGAACGGUUGGGAUGUGUACAACCCUGAAGAGGAAUAUCAUCGCCAGAACAUUUUUACUAAUGGAUGGAGGAUUUCAAAAAUUAACAUGGAUUAUAGGUUGUGUGAUACGUACCCAGCUAUUUUAGCUGUCCCGUGGGAAGUGACUGACGAACUCCUAAUCGCAUGUGCGCCACAUCGCAGCCGCGGUCGUAUACCUGUGUUAAGUUGGUUGCAUCCUGAAAGUAAAGCAAGUUUAACCAGAGCAAGUCAACCUCUUGUUGGCGUCCAGGGUCGUCGCAGCUCCGAAGAUAAAGAACUCGUUCGUCAGCUCAGGAUAGCGAAUGCAAAUGCAAAUAACCUUUUAAUCUUUGAUGCUCGUCCACAGGUCAAUGCAAUCGCAAACAUAGGCGUUGGUGGAGGUGUUGAAAAUCCAGCUUAUUAUGAAAAUGUUCAAUACAUGUUCUUAAAUAUACAAAAUAUACAUGCGAUGCGAGCUGCAUUAACAAAAGUUUUCGAAGCCUGUUUUCCAUUACCAGAUGAUACAAGAUGGUUUAAACAACUGGCAGACUCUAAAUGGCUUUAUCAUAUUAAACAAAUUAUUUUUGCUGCAACCAGUGUGGCCGAUAAAAUCGAAAAUCAUAAGACAUCUGUUUUAAUACAUUGCUCAGAUGGUUGGGACCGGACAACUCAAGUUACAUCCUUAGCAAUGUUGAUGCUCGAUCCGUACUACCGUACAAUACGCGGAUUUGAAGUAUUAGUUGAGAAAGAAUGGUGUUCAUUUGGUCAUAAAUUUGCACAGCGCACCGGUGGACCUACAGAUGGUGGGAUUUACUUACCUCCCAACUUAUCAAGUUCGGCUGUUAAUGACACCGGUGGAGGGCGACCAUCUAGUCCUGAAGAGCGUUCCCCAGUAUUUUUACAGUUUAUCGAUUGCGUAUGGCAAACAAUGCAGCAGUUUCCUCAUUCAUUUGAGUUCAACGAACGAUUUCUCAUCACAAUAAUGGAUGAGUUAUAUGCUGCGCGAUUCGGUACUUUUCUUUUUAAUUCAGAAAUGCAAGGACGAGACCAUGGUGUACGUGAAAGGACUAUCUCAUUGUGGGCAUAUAUCAAUGCAGACAUCCAGUUGUAUCAAAACCCACUGUAUACUCCUGCUGAAAUCAGUGGUCACCGUGUUAUUUUUCCUCAGCAUGCACUAGCUCAGCUUCAAUUUUGGACAGGUUACUACAUUAGAUGGCAUCCACUCAUGCGUUUACAGGAGCCAAUAGCACGUCGAGAUAGAGCUUUAAUAAUGAUAAUGAAGAGAUUCAGAGAACUUACAGCCGCAACUCAACGUGAAUGUGCCAAACCAACUCUCAAUAAUGUACCUAAUAACAAUGUUCACAGUAGGUCCAGUCCAAAUAAUGCGAAGAUAUAA